UAUGGCAAAAUCGAUAUCCAUGGCUUAAAGAUCAAAUAGUAGAUAGACAAGUUCGAAUGUUUUGUAUCUGGUAUCAAAAAAUAAGGGCUAAAAAUAUUUUUGCACAAGGAGGUUGUGAAUGGCUUAAAGAGGAGUCUUUAAUACGUCAUAUUAAAAUUCGUAAAUAUAUUAAUGCUGCUAAAGGUAAAAGUAUAGGGCAGCAAAAUUUGUUCAAUAGCUUUACAAUUCAGUAUGGAGAAACUAAAGCAAAAGCUUUAGCUAUAAAUUUUACACAUUUAAAUUACAAUGAAAUAACUUAUCAAAAUCUAUCUUGCACUCUUGAUUUACCUCAUCUUUACUUAGAAGAAAACAAUGAUCUUGAUUCUACUAAUGAAAAAAAUUAUGCUACUUAUCAAAAUCCUGUUGCUGGAUAUGAAAUGUUAGAAUUAUUAGCAUAUAUAAUUGAGAAAGAUACUAUCGCAGAAAUUAAUAAUUCACCAUUUUGGAAUAUUCUUCUUGAUGAAUCUAAUACUAUUACUAAUGAAAAAACUCUUGCAAUUGUGUCAAAAUAUAUUGCUAAUAAUCUUCCA